AUGUCGACGAAUGAAUCUCUUGCAUGGUCUCGAAUUGAAACAAUAAAUUCUCCACCACAAGCACGUAGUGGACAUAGUGCUGUAGUUUACAAUGGUUCUAUGUAUAUAUUUGGUGGUUUAGGUGAAUAUCGUUUUAAUGAUUUAUUUAAAUUUAAUUUUGAAUCUCAUACAUGGACUGAAAUAAAACUAAUUGAUGAAUCAAAAGUUCCAUCAAAGCGAUGUAAACAUAGUGCUUGUAUAUAUCAAGAUAUGAUGUAUAUUUUUGGUGGUUGGGAUUCAUCAGGUAAAUUAAAUGAUAUGUAUAGAUAUAUAUUUGAUCGAAAUCAAUGGGAAAUUGUUUCCUGUUCAAAUCCACCACGUGCACGUAGUGCACAUUCUGUUGCUAUUUAUCAAAAUUAUAUGUAUCUAUUUGGUGGUAUUGGUGAUAAUAAAUUUAAUGAUAUGUAUCGUUUUUCAUUUAAAACAAAUCAAUGGUCUAUUGUUAAUCAACGAAAUCCACCACCACGUCGUAGUUCAUAUGGUGGUGCACAUAUUUAUAACGAUCGUUUAUAUGUAGUUUGUGGUUUAGGUUGUGGAAAAUUUAAUGAUUGUCAUUCAUUUGAUUUUCGUACACUAGAAUGGACAGAAUUAAAAUAUAGUGAUGAUUCAUGUGUUAUUCCAGCUAAACGUGGUCGUCAUACGUGUAUAUUAUCUGGUGCAAAUCUCUAUAUGUUUGGUGGUUAUGUUGGUAUACAACGAAGUAAUGAAUUAUUUGUUCUUAAUCUUCAAACGAAUCAAUGGAAACAAUUAAAAUUAGAUUCAAAUAUACCAGCAGCACGUGAAGGACAUAGUGCAGUUUUAUAUAAUGGUUAUAUGUGGCUAUUUGGUGGAUGGCAUGAUAAUGGAUGGUAUAAUGAUAUAUAUACACUCGGACCUCUUUAA